AGAUUUGUCCCCUGCCACUGGCUGCAGUAGCCAUUCAAUACCCCGUAUGUAUUUGGUCGGUGGCAGUCUGUGAUCUUUCUAACAGCGUCAACACCUGCAAGUACUGUAUUGUUCUUACGGCGAGAGAUUAGUUGAAUAUUUUCGAACAAAGAGUUGGAGAGAGACUCCUGUUGAUCCCGUGAAGAUUGAUUUUACAUCCGAGGGAUUAAUGUACGAGAUAAAUAAUCCUUCAGAUGUGAAAUAUAACAUCUAUUCUUCUAGGAAAAAAAAGGUGAACAGAUUAUAUAUACUAUGAAGAUAUAAAUAUGUAAAGCUAAAAGUGAUGAUAAAGAUGAGAUUCUGGAACAAUUUCAUCAUUGAAUAUAUAUUGCAAAUGAUAUAUUGAUAUUUACAGUAACGCAUUGCUUUAUGUGAUUCUGCAAAAUGAUAUAUAUAUUAAAUUUGUGACGAGACAAGCUAUAGUAUUGGAAUUUGGAUUAUAAACUUUAAUCAUGAUGGAGCAGUUUCAUCAGGAAAUUCUCCGCCAAUUGAGAAAAAAUAUAAUCGAUGAUUUAGAUAUUGAGAAUGACAUUUUAGAACCUUUACAACGCAAUAAGAUUUUAGAAAGAAAUGAUAUUGAGAACAUUUACACUGGGGUUUCUAAAGAAGAAAGAGCAGAAAAAUUGUUACAUAUACUUCCAAGAUGUGGCCCACAUGCUUUUGAUGUUUUUCAUCAAUCCUUAAAACAUCACUACAUCUGGCUUAGUGAGCAAAUAGAUAAAUUGUUAUGUAAUUACAAAGUAGAAAGCAAUGAAGAAGUAGAUUUUUAUGUUGGACCUGCUAAUAUGCCACCCCUUUCUCCAUUGACAGUUACCAGAGAAGAAAAGAUUAUACAGUUGACGACGGCUUUACAACAAUUGAAACCUGCAGAAUACAUUGUAUUACAUGGUAUGAAGGGAUUUGGAAAAUCAAGUCUAACUGCUAAUAGUCUUCAAGAUAAAAGAUUACCGAAAAAUGUAUUUUCUAAUCAAAUUUAUUGGAUUAAAUUUACAUGCGAUCGUUCAAUCGAUGACGAAAUACUAAUUCAGUUAAACACGCUCUAUCAUAACAUGAAGAACUUGGCAAUACAACCAGAACAAUCAUUCACUCUGCUGGAGAAAGAUUCUUUAAUCCGAUUUUUUGAAGGUUAUUUUUGCCAGCCAGAUAAUCGCAAUGCUCUACUGAUUUUAGAUGGUGUAUCUGAUAAAAAGAUUGUUAACGCUUUUGAUUUUAAAUGUAAAACUCUGGUUCUUACUGCUGAUAUCAAUGUCGUAGAAGGAAAAGUAUAUAAGAAAAUAGAGAUGAAUGAUGGAUUUACAGAAACAGAGACAUUAGGUUUGUUCGCUAAAGUGCUGGAAAUGGACGUGGACAAACUACCUAUACAAGCAAAAAGAAUUCAUGAAGAAUGUAAGGGUAUGCCAUUGCUCAUUGCCAUGUUUGCUGCGCAAUUUGAAGAAUUUAAAUUUGACAUGAAAAUGCGCUCUAAUAGAUGGAAAUACUAUCUUGAAUCCUUGAAAAAGAAGGAUGCAAAAAACAAAGUAAUAAGAGAAUUUUUUAAGAAACAAGAAACUAUUUUUGAUAUGUGUAUUGCACAAUUAAAACCAAAUUUGAAAGAAUAUUAUAAAAAUUUCGCUAUUUUUAAUGAAGAAGUUAACAUAACUUCAAAGACUCUAUCAAUUCUCUGGGAUGAAGAUAUAUAUCAAGUUGACGAACUGAUGCUUGAUUUGUGCCAUAAAUCUCUUGCAGCCAAAAAAUGGAAUGAGGACUUGAAAAGUUAUAUUUAUGGCAUACACGAUUUAUUGUUAUGUCACCUAAGAACAAAACUAACGCAAGAAGAAUUAAGACAGAUGCAUAUAUCUGCUAUUGAAAAAUAUCGCAAACAUUGCGAUUACGAUUUUUCAAAAUUGCCAGAUGAUAAUUAUAUUUAUUCCUAUAUUGGCCAUCAUUUGGAAGAAGCAGAGUUGUUUAACGAGUUUCCGAAACUUUAUUUGGACUUUGGUUUCAUUCAAGCUAAAAUAAUUCAUUCAGGUUUAACAGACCUAUUGUUGGAUUUGAAAAAAUACAGAGGACAUAUUAUAUAUUUCGAUAAUAGAACACAACUCAAUGAUAUCGAAAAAUUUCUCCAAGAACAAGCACAUAUUAUAAUAGAACAUAGACGAAAGAAAUGCUUGGAUAUAAUUCAAAUUGCAAUGAACUAUCCAUAUGAAGGAUACGUUAUGCAAACUGCCAAACAACUAGCUAUGACAAAAGGGCAAUACCUGUAUUUAUCUCAUCAUAAAAACCUUGAACAUGUGAAUACAUCCUUAACUCACGAACUACCAAUGGACAUCUGCACGUCAGUUUUCACAGACUAUUCUAAUUGGAUUUUGAUUGGGACCAAAUCGGGUAAAAUAAUCUUGUGGAAUUGCAAAAACAAUGAGCAACAAGUUUUUAACGGUCAUAACCAUGAAGAUUCAAUUAAAAAACUUAUUGUAUCUACGAAUGGUGAUUGCUUCUUAUCAUUAAGCAGUGCUGGUAUAAUAAAGCUAUUUCCUCUUCAUUUGAAUGAUGAAUUAGAAUCUAAUGAUCACAAUACACACUUGGAAAGCCCACGACAAAAACAAAGUUCCUGGUCUAACAUUUUUAAAAAUAAUAAUGAUUUAGACGAUAGUGUGGUAAAAUUCUCGAUCAAAGAUGAAAUGGUAUUGGACAUGGCAUUUGGAUACAACGAGCAAUAUGUUGUUGCAUGCACUAAUAAAUCAAGAAUUCAGAUGUGGAAUCGAAAGGGGGAACUUGUUUUUACUGAAGAAAAAAAAGAGCCCACGGAAAUUAUAACGAAAAUAACAUUUACGGCUGAAUGUUCGUUAUUACAUAUAAUGGACGAAUCAAAGAUGUCUUUUUCUGUAUAUACAAACUGCAAUAAUUACGCUAGUUAUCGAUAUCUCGCCUGUUUCAAUCCUUGUCUGUUGCGAUCAACAGACAAAAAGGUCAUCUUUUUUCAUCAUAUACCUAAAAAAGAUAACUGGUUGAUGAUCGUUACCGAAAAGCAAGCUCUACAUGUAAAAUGGUGUUGGGAUGGGUACAACGUGCACUCUUUCGACAAACAAAGAAAGGUUUGCAUUGAAAAUGGACCUGUAACUUAUGUUUGUGCAACUAUAACUUAUGAUGGUGAAUAUAUGAUUACGGCUGACUCUGCGGGUUAUAUAAAUGUAUGGCAAACCUCAGGUGGAGACCCAAUUAUCGCUAUUUACAAAAGUCGUGUCACAUCUUUAGACACUUAUCAUUUAGAAGAAGAAGGCUGUCACAUUAUAUGUGGAAACGGGAAGAGAUCAUUUUACAAAUGGAAAUUUCCAACACAGGAAUUGAACAAAAAACCAGGGAAAUAUUCAUUUGAUGCAAUAGUUAAGCCUUAUGACCAAAGAGACAUUAUAGUCAAGGAAAGCCAGUUAAAGAAAAUAAUCAUCUCAUAUGGGGAAGAAACAAUAGAACUUGACUCAAAUGGAAAAAUAGUAAACUUACAACUUUCUUCUGAUGGAAAGGAAGUUGUAUAUGUCACAGGAAAAAACCUUAUGGUAUAUAACAUAACAACCAGGACGUCCAGUUUUAUUUUGAAUCUGGAAAAAGUAAACAUAUUUCUGAAGAUUAUAAACGUCUGUAAUUCCAAUAUAAUAAUGUGUGAGCAAAAUGAUAAUGAUAUAUCGAUGUGGCAACAUACUAAUCUGAUAGGAACGAUACCUGCAACUAUGAUCGAUAGAUCUAGAAAUAUAACUGCAAGACUAAUCAAUAUUCACAAAUUAAUGGACAAUCAUGUGGCAAUAAUAACACAAACUGACAUAAAAAUAAUUCAGUUUAAUUUAUGCACUGAAACUUGGAAAUUAACAAGCAUCACUAAAUUUCAUCUAUCUUCACAUAUUUCAUUUAGUUGUGUUAGUCGCAACAAAAUUUACUUGGCGGUCUUAAGUGAAGCGUAUGAGUUAGCUUUAUAUUACUUUUGCAAGAACAAAACAGUAUUACCGCCUUAUAUGGAAAUGAAUGAAGACCCUUAUUUUAUUCAUCUAUUUCCAUGGAAAGUAACUUGCUGUGAUAUUUCGCAAAAUGAACAGUUUAUCGCCGUUGGAACUGAAAAAGGACAAAUUUCUAUUAUAGAUAUAAGAAAACAAAUAGAGAUCAUUCAAUUAUCUUUCCACAAAGAUCCUAUUAUACAAUUGUUUUGGGCUCCGACUACCAUAGAUGUUUCGAUUUUACUAUCAGUAACAAAUAAUGAGUUAGUUUGGUGGAACAUUGCUUUAGCAAAGAGCACUAUGAAGAGAACUCGAAUGGGUAUCAGGCAUAGCACAAGUACUCCAUCAUUCAACCUAAAUCCAUUUGGAACCCUACAAAUGCCUAGCAGUCGAAGUAUGGAUGCCAAUAUAUCUAAUUUACAAAACAAUGUAUUAAAUGCAGAUAUUUCUGCCAACGCCAUUCGUACCGUAAGUGAAUAUUGGACAGACAAAAGAGGCAGAGAUCCCGAAAUGCCAGAAUUAUUAGCAGUUGUCGAAUUACCACCAAAUCCACAUACCAAACUACAUGUUUCUACAGAUUUUACCAAAUUCAUGACAGUUGAUAUGUACGGAUCUGUUAGUAUAUUUAAACUCAUUGAUUAUAAUAAUAUUUCAAAAGUAUAAGAUUAUAAUAACUCAGAAGUAUACAGACUUAAUUUUAAUAUGCAAUACUGUAAAUAUGCAAUUAUAUGUGAUAAUAGUAUUAUUGCAGCAAAUGUAGAUACAAAUUUUUAAAAAAUACGAUUUUCAAUGCAUUUGUAUCUAU